AUGAAGCUUGUGUUACUGGCUCUUCUAUGCUUUUCCGCAGUUUUCGCUUCUGCUCCAAAGUUUUUCCGUAAAGCUCCUGUUGUCUCAAACGAUGAUUUCGUCGGAUGUCCCACGGAUAACGACUUCUACUAUACAGGAGGUAUAAACUCUCCUUUAUGGCCACAACCAUAUCCUCCUAAUGACAAGUGUUACUACUACAUUACCGCUCAAAGAGGAUCAGUCGUUGGAAUCAACUUUGACUUCUUCGACUUGGAAACAUGUUGUGAUUACGUGACAAUCUACGAUGGUCCUUCUGAGCGUUCACCAAUCUUAGCCAGAAUUGGUGGACCAAACAUGACGAGCAAGAAGCCAACCGGAAAGUACUACACUAGCACCAGAAACUCUUUAAUUACAUUCACCAGUGACGACAGAAUCGAACAGAAAGGAUUCCAGCUCUCAUACACAUCUGAAAGUGGUGCUACUCCAUGUACCAGAGAUGUCAUGCUCGUAAUUAACGCCAUGAGCGAUAUGGGAUCACAAGCCAACUUCGUGAAGCAAUUGCAAUUCAUUGCCAAUAACUUGACUAGAACCUGGAACGUUGGUAUGAACGCAGUCAGAGUAACCAUUAACCUUCAGGUCGACAAGGACUACGCCGUCAUAUUCGAUCCUGCUAUAAGUAACGACGAUCUGACCCAAACUGUUCUUGGUUUGACUAACUAUGUACCUGAUGUUAUGUCUAACAACGAAACCAACAUCAACUGCUUAUUCCGAUACGCCGAAGGAGACUUCGAAGAUGUUAAGGAGUUCAAAGUACGUGAAGGAGUUGAACAGGUGGCAAUGAUUUUCACCGCUGGAAACCCAGUUGACAGUCAAGAUUACUAUGAAGCUGUCGAGUACUCGCAUAAAUUGAGAACCACACUCGAUACCAAAGUCAUAAUCAUCGCUAUGGGUAAAUCAGGAGCAUUGAACAUGAACGCCAUCUCAUCCUUAUCUGACACACCCGCAUUCACAUUUGCAUCUGAUUUCGAUAACCUUCCAAGCAUUAUUGGUAAAGUCAAUAACGCUAUGUGUAUGUAUCACUCACAAACCGCUUGUGGACCGUAA